UGAUAAGGGGCAACGUCGUUACAUAGCGUCAUAGACAGGAAGAGUCAACAGGCCAGAAACGCGUAUAGCCCCCCACAUUUACGGAGGCCGCGAACCACAAUCGCAGAAGUACUUGACCAAAUCUUAAACUACCAAAACGGAAUCAAGUCAAUUCCAUAAACUGUAUCCCCAUUUCCCAGAAAUCAAAUUUCAAGACCCCCAAAACUCCAUGGACCCAAACUCAUCUCCUUCCAAUUCCAACACCACCAUUCCGGUAGUGGCAACCCUCCCUGCUUACGGGUCGGACUCUUUGACCCGGAAGCCCAUCAGCUUGUGGCCCGGAAUGUUCCACUCGCCGGUGACCAAGGCACUGUGGGAAGCGAGGUCUCACAUGUUCGAGAGGCUGUUGGACCCACCAGUGGACGCUCCUCCACAGAGCCAAUUGCUGAACAAGACUCCAUCUCAGAGCAGGACUACAAUUCUGUACAAUUUCUCUACUGAUUUUAUACUGAGGGAGCAGUACAGGGAUCCUUGGAAUGAGGUCCGAAUUGGGAAACUGCUUGAAGACCUUGAUGCUUUAGCUGGAACCAUUUCCGUCAAGCACUGCUAUGCUGUUGAUACCACAACGAGGCCACUCUUGCUGGUCACUGCAUCUGUUGACAAGAUUGUCUUGAAGAAGCCGAUUAGUGUUGACAUUGACUUGAAAAUAGUUGGUGCUGUCAUAUGGGUGGGGCGAUCAUCUAUUGAGAUCCAACUAGAAGUUACUCAAUCCACAAAAGGCUGUGACAAUUCCAACUCAUUAGCCCUUUCAGCCAACUUCAUAUUUGUGGCUCGUGACUCUAAGACUGGGAAGGCUGCUCCAGUUAAUAGGCUCUUACCAGAAACUGAAAGAGAACAAUUGCUUUUCAAGGAAGCAGAAACCAGAAAUACUCUGAGGAAGAGAACGAAAGGAGGAGAAAAAAGGGAGUUUGAGAAUGGAGAAGUAAAUAGACUUGAAAGCCUGUUGGCGGAGGGAAGGAUCUUUUGUGAUAUGCCUGCCUUGGCAGACAGAGAUAGCAUUCUUCUGAGGGAUACCAGCUUAGAGAACUCAUUGAUCUGCCAACCACAGCAGAGAAACAUCCAUGGUCGGAUCUUUGGAGGAUUUUUAAUGCACAGAGCAUUUGAAUUGGCUUUCUCCACAGCUUAUGCUUUUGCUGGCCUGGUGCCUUGCUUUCUAGAAGUCGAUCACGUUGACUUCUUGAGACCUGUGGAUGUUGGAGAUUUCCUGCGUUUCAAAUCUUGUGUUCUCUACACAGAAGUUAAUCCAGAUCACCCUCUGAUUACUAUUGAAGUUGUUGCUCAUGUUACCAGGCCUGAGCUCAGGUCCAGUGAGGUGUCAAAUACAUUUUAUUUUACUUUCACCGUACGUCCCGAGGCAAAGGCCACAAAAAAUGGAUUUAGGAUACGGAAUGUGGUUCCAGCAACAGAAGAAGAAGCACGACGUAUACUGGAGCGCAAGGAUGCUCAGGUCUUGCUUUCAUCAACAGUUGUGAGCAAAUAAACACGAAACAUGAAUUUCAAACUAUGUAAUACAGAAGAGUGUAGGGAAGAUCAUAAUUCAUAUUGGAACAGUGUGAAAUAAAACCUUGAAGAAAUAGGCUGAUGUUUAUUUUGCCAGAAAUGUAACUCUACUCAGAUGAGGAAGCAUAAACCUCACGGGCAUCUUGAAAUUGUAUGUAUGAAAGAUGGGAUAUUACAAAUCUCCAAAUUACAUCUGUAUUUAUAUAUGGUGUCAGGUCUUGAAGGAUAUACGAGUAUACCAGAUGGUCUGGUUAUUA